AUGACAGACCAAAAGAAACAGCAAAGUCCUGUCACAGACAUUCCCGGUACCCCAAAACUGACAAGGCGGCGAACCACCAAAUAUGAGACCAGUGAGGCGAAUGGCAGUUCUUCUGCAUGUCCUGACGAGACUCCCGUAUCAGAUGCUGCUGCGGGGCCUUCAUCUGCUGAACCUGAAAACAGCAAGGUAGCGGAUCCUGCUGUCUCCAAGACCGAAGAUAUGAGAAACCGUUUCAAGGCGCUUCAAGCGAGAGCUAAAAAUGCUUCAGAGAGAAAUUUGAAGGAAACAGCUGCGGAGUCGCAGCGACUAGCGACAGAUCCUGGCCUUCUCUCCAGUAUAUCUCGGAAACAUGCGUUCGCGUCGCAUAACCUUCUCAAGGCAGAUACUGAAGCCCAAGGCGAGGACUUUGAGCGAAAGCGUGCUUGGGACUGGACCAUUGACGAAUCCGAGAAAUGGGAUAAACGCAUGGAAAAGAAACAGAGGCAUAGAGACGACACUGCUUUCCAAGACUACCGACAAGAUGCUCGGAAGAUCUAUAAGAGACAAAUCAGGCAUAUGCAGCCAGACCUUGAAGCAUACGAAAAAGAAAGGAUUAUUGCCGUAGAAAAGGCUGCAGCAAGUGGCAAACUUCAGAUAGUAGAGGCAGAAGACGGCGAGCUUGUUGCUGUUGAUAAAAAUGGCACCUUCUAUUCCACGGCCCAUUCGGUGGAUUUCGCAGAGAAUAAACCAGAUCGCGCUGCAGUUGAUAGGUUGGUGGCAGAUUUGAGGAAGGCAGAAGAAAUUCGCCUGAAGAAACGCAAGGACCGUGGCCGUGGCGAUGAGGAAGAUGAUGUCACUUACAUCAAUGACCAGAAUAAGAAGUUCAACCAACAACUGGCGAGAUUUUACAACAAGUAUACUGCAGAGAUUCGAGACAGUUUCGAACGAGGUACCAUGAUUUGA